AUGAACGGCGCACAACAACAACCCGGCGAUGCUGCCGCCGCCACCGCAGCAGUAGCAGCAGCAGCAGCCGCUGGCGCUGCCGGCGCACAGGAUGCCCAACCGGCGGACACGACAGCUGCUAAUGGCGGCAGCGGUGCCGGAUCGGCGCAAGAGGCCAUGGCUGCGGCCGCGAUUAACAAGAAGCGGAAAAAGGACGGCCUGAAGCCCAUCAUCACCACGGCGAAUCCGCCCGAGCAGGCGCAGGAAGGCCGCCAGACACCCUUUUCCGCCAAGAGGAUCCUCACUGCUAUCUUUGUGGCGGGGUGCAUGCGCUGGCAUCAACGAGAGACUUUUAGCGGGCGACGGGCAGGGCGCGAGCGAGCGGCAGACCAGAGCAGCACAACACAGCAGCAGCAGCAGCAGCAGCACCAGAUUGGCAAUGCGUGCGCACUCCUCGAUUGGAAGCCGGUGGAAGGGGAUAGCCCAAGGACAAACAACCCUCCUCCCCUCGCUGCGCGAUGGAGACAAGAAGGACACAAUGUUGAAGACAAGGUUUCUGCGCAUUUUCCUGGAUUAGCCCCGUUUCCCGAUGCCCCGACACUACCACUAUCACUGCUAUCACUCCCACCACCACUACCGUCUUUUUUUGGCCCCAAGCCAGAGGGCGAAAAGAGGGCAAAACGGACUACCCUAGCUUUUGCGGGGUCUUUUCUUGAGCGAGAAGACGCCGCAACUGGUUUUUGGUGGGACCGCCACUUUUCACCACCCUACACACCACCACCACCUCCACCACCAUACACUACACACCAGCCCGCUGCCAUCGCUAUCAUCCACCAUCCACCAUCCACCAUCCACCACCACUAUCCACCGCCUGCCCGCAGCCCGCCCGCCAUCGCCGCUAUACGCAAAAUUGCGCGCGAGAGCCAAACCACCCCGUCGAACCCUUGA